AUGUAUUCUGUGGAGUGGCAGAAACGAGGAUUGCCACAUGCACACAUUUUGAUUUGGUUGGUUGAAAAUAUAAGGCCAAAUGAAGUUGAUGCAGUGAUAUCAGCUGAAAUCCCUAAUGUACAAGUAGAUCCUGGAUUGCAUGAGGUAGUUAUCAAAAACAUGAUACAUGGUCCCUGUGGAACUCUUAAUCAAAAUUCACCGUGUAUGAUGGAUGGUAAAUGUUCAAAACGAUAUCCACGGACAUUAAUAUCGGAAACAAUUACUGGUAAUGACGGUUAUCCAUUGUAUCGUCGCAGAUCGACAGCAGACAAUGGAAAAUCAACAAUUGUCAAAUUAAAUCAACUAGAUAUUGAAAUAGAUAAUCGUUGGAUUGUUCCAUAUUCACCCAUUUUAUCAAAGACAUUCAAAGCACACAUCAACGUUGAAUCUUGCCAUUCAGUGAAAUCUAUUAAAUACAUUUGCAAAUAUGUAACCAAAGGGAGUGAUAUGGCUGUGAUUGGAAUUGGUGCAGAGAAUUCCAAUGAUGAAGUUACCCAAUACCAAAUGGGCCGCUAUGUCAGUAGUAAUGAAGCAGUUUGGCGAAUAUUUUCUUUUCCUAUUCAUGAGAGACACCCUUCUGUUGUUCACUUAGCUGUGCAUUUAGAAAAUGGACAAAGAGUGUAUUUUACAGCACAGAACGCAGUACAAAGAGCUGCUCAGCCACCAUCUACUACAUUAACCAGUUUUUUUGAGACAUGCCAAAACGAUGAUUUCGCACAAACAUUGCUAUAUUCUGAAAUGCCAAAAUAUUAUACCUGGAAUCAAUCCUCAAGGAGAUUUAUACGACGGAAACAAGGAAAACCAGUUCCAGGAUAUACAGAUGUAUAUUCCACCGAUGCGAUUGGCCGGAUUUAUUCAGUACAUCCAAGCAAUGAUGGAUGUUUUUACUUACGACUGCUAUUAGUCAAUGUACGUGGCCCAACAUCAUUCCAACAGUUACGAAGUUAUUGA